AUGGCAUCAACGUUUGUGUUACUAAACAUCCUUGUGUUACUUUCUAGUCUUCUCACUUGCUCUGCCAAUCUCUCUUUUAACUUCUACGCCGGUUCUUGUCCUUUAGCCGAGGUUCUCGUCAGAAACACCGUUAGAUCUGCCUCCUCCUCCGAUCCAACUAUCCCUGGAAAACUCCUCCGACUCCUCUUCCACGACUGUUUUGUCCAGGGUUGUGAUGCGUCAGUGUUGAUACAAGGGAAUACCACGGAGAGAAGCGAUCCUGGAAACGCGUCUCUGGGAGGAUUCUCAGUCAUAGAGAGAGCCAAGAAUGCCAUCGAGGUUUUCUGUCCGGCCACUGUUUCAUGCGCUGACAUCGUUGCUCUUGCUGCUAGAGACGCCGUCGAAGCUGUAACGUUCACCACUCUCACUUCACUAUUGAAAACUAGGAGUUAG